GAGUCACGGACUCGGAGUCACGCAACGCCAUUAACAGAACUUCCAUCAACCGCAAGAUACAAGGGCCUCUCUAACGAACGGCUAGGACAAGAACAAAUUUAAGACAUUUUCUACUGCGUCUAUUUACGAAAAAUCUGGCUAACUUGAGGAUCUGUUCAGGAAAAUCUGUUCUGCUCGAAUAUAUCGCACUUAGAAUUGCGUAUUAUGAUUAUUGAUUAAAGAGCUUAAAAUGAUGUUUCAUUAAUAAUUCUAAAUUAUAAUACAGAAAUACUUGGACAUAAUAUAUCCAAUCUGGAAAUUUUUUAACAAUAACUGAAAAGCUUCAAUGACGCCAUGCCACUAGUUACAGGAACGCUUUUCCUAACCUAUUAGCGUAUUUUGCUAUAUGAAGGAUUCUGCUUGACAUUCCAUCGCCAUUAAUGAUUCCAACACAUUCGACAAACUUGCGACGUGGUGGGGAAUCAAGAUCUACACAAAAUGAAAAUGACCAAUUGAUAAGGUUAAGACAUGAAGACGAGAAACAAAAGCGUCGGCGCGAAUGGAUGCGUCGACAAGAAUUGGAGAAACAACACGAAAGAUUAAAAAAACAAUUGAUCUCAGAUUAUGAGAGAAAACGCAAAGAAGCCAUGAAAUCCAAGCAAACAUCGUCACGUCGCAGUCGAAGCAAAAGUAAUAGUCCGACUCCCAAGUCUAACACUCUGUCUAAAAAAUUAGAUGGAUCCACAAGCGGGGUACCUUUGUUCAAGGGUCCUGAAGGCACACAAAUUAGUUCUAUAGAAUUACGUCGAAUUAAAGUCGAUAUUCGCAGAAAUAUUCCUGCAAAAGAACCAGUUACUACCGAACUACAACGGGAUAUACUUAAUCCCGAGGAUGUGAUCCUCAAAAGAAGAGAGGGAGAAGGAUGUAAACCAUUGUUCGAGAGGGAAGAAAUACAAAAGAAAAAGGCGGCUACUGAAGUAAAGGAACAGCGUACGGUUGUAGCUAUAAAUGACGAGCAAUCAGCAGACAAAUUACAAAUUUCCAAAAGACGUUCGUCAUCAUUGAGCCUUAUCGAAAAUCGCAAUACCAGUCCUGAAUAUCCAUCGUCUUAUCGCACCAAACAUCCAAAUACUGAGUCAAAAUAUCAUGUUAAAAGAACAUAUAUUGAUUAUCCUAAAAGUGACAGACACGACAGUAUAGAAAAAUAUUCGGACAGGGAUGUAAGAAGACACGAGAGGCACGAUCGUUCAAAUUCUAGAAAUCGUGACGUACGCAUUUCUGAUUCUAGGUCCAUUGUGGAGAGUAGAUCUUAUCGCCGAUAUUACGAUAGAUCAAGCGAACGUUCUCGGGAAAGAAGAGACAGAGACAGAGACAGAGAUAGGGAUCGAGAUCGGGAUCGAGAUCGGGAUCGAGACCGAGAUCGGGAUCGGGAUCGAGAUCGGGAUCGAGGCAGAUCCAGAUCGAGAUCGAGAUCCAUAGACAGAAGAGCUACAGCACCACGUUACGUUGAACAUGUACCAGUGCCUAUUUAUUACAGUAAUUUUCCUCCGAGACCUAUUAUGGUGAGUCCUAUGGUCACGAUUCCCAGAGGACAGGUUCCUUCUUUAGGAAGAGGCCGACGUCCUUCUCUAAUGGCACCAGUCAGGCCAUUUCCACCGCGAUUUGGUCCUCCUGAUAUGUACAGAAUAGGACCUCCAGCCCCAAAUCCAAGAUAUGGGCCUAUGUUUUGAUAAAGCCAGGAAAAGAAUCGAAUUGUUUUUGGGUUUGCUUGCAGGCAAGUUGGAUCAUGUGUUUUCAUCUUCUUUCUGGGAUGUACGCAUUUGUAAAUUUACAUUUGAUAAAGUUCGCAUUGUUUUAUAUAAUUAUGUAAAAAAAAUUACGAAAAACGCACUUACAUAAAAGAUAUAUGUAAUAAAAUGUACAAUAAUAUAAUUA